UGGGUUUGCAUUGGCAACAAUUACGGUGUACCUGUCAAAUUUGUCAAUUUCAAGUUCCACGUAUUUGUCAAUUUGUCGCACAGUGAGCCCCCUUGAGCUCCACAAUGGUCUCAAUCCUCAAUUCCAUCGACACCGGCCACGAAGACAUGGUCCACGACGCCGAAGUCGACUACUACGGACUUCGCUUGGCCACUUGUUCCUCGGACAACAGCGUCAAAGUGUACGACAUCAAAAACGGAGGCACCGCUCUCCUCGACGACCUUAAAGGCCACUUCGGCCCCGUCUGGCAGAUCGCCUGGAGCCACCCCAAGUUCGGUAAUCUCCUAGCUUCGUGCUCCUACGACCGCAAAGUUAUAAUAUGGAAAGAACAAAACGGCAAGUUCUCUAAAUACUACGAGUACGCCAACCACGAUUCCAGCGUGAAUUCAGUCCAGUUCGCUCCCCCAGAGUAUGGCCUGGUUUUAGCUUGCGGCAGCAGCGACGGCUCCAUCUCUAUUCUCACGUACAUUGCUGAAACCCACAACUGGGACGCCAAGAAAAUCCAGAACGCCCACGCUAUUGGAUGUAACGCGGUGAGUUGGGCCCCCGCUAUCACUCCCAUUACGAGCGAUUACAGCCAGGGCGAGCAAAAGCUGGUGAAGAGGCUAGUUUCUGGGGGUUGUGAUAAUCUGGUGAAAAUUUGGCGAGAAGAGGAUGAUAGAUGGGUUGAGGAGAACAAAUUGGAGGUGCAUUCGGAUUGGGUUAGAGACGUAGCGUGGGCCCCGUCGGUGGGGCUGCACCAUCACACCAUCGCCAGCUGUUCACAAGAUAGGAGGGUCAUUAUUUGGACGAGCGACGACGGGACGAAUUGGAAUUCGACGGUUUUGCAGACGUUUGACGAUGUUGUCUGGAAUGUGAGCUGGUCGCUGAAUGGAAAUAUUUUAGCGGUAUCAGGGGGCGACAAUAAGAUUACUCUGUGGAAGCAAAAUUUGCAGGGAAAUUGGCAGUGCGUGAGCGACGUGGUAAAAGGACAAGGACAGAUUAAUAACCAAUAAGUGUUUGUUGAACAAACCUCUCAGUAUAGCUGAAUUAUGUAUUACAUUUUGUAAAAAUAUAUACUUUUAAGGUUAA